GUUUUUGUUAUAUCAGCCGGAAUUGAGCCGACCAAUUCCUUUGUAGCUUUUAGACAAGGUGAAGUUUUAUAUCAGAUGGUAACUUGUUGUCACUGCAUAUUGUAUGAUGGAAGCGUAUGACAAUGAGAUGGAGAUAUCAACUAGUAGUGUGGGUGAUGUGAGUUCCUUUGAGACUCAAAAGGGCUGCGAUGCCAUCUCAGCCGGCGACAGGUGCACAGUGCGAAUGUCUAGUCCAGUGUGCAAGAGACUGGGAAUUGAGAAGGAGGGUGUGGCUCAGUUGCCAUGUGACCAGAGAGAGUUGAUGCCAGUGGGUGGGUCCACACCCACCAAACAGGGGAUGGCAGUCACAGCUCAGAUGCAGAUGCAGCACCAACAGGGACAUAAUCAUUAUGGAACCGCUACUCAGUGUAAUGGAGGGGGUAAUAGAAUGCCAACAGGUCAAGACUCUGAAAACGCGAUCAAUGCUUCCCAGCAAAGCGCGAUCUACAACAUGAUCUCAAAGUUCUUCGGACUAAGUGUCCGAAACAAGUGCGAAUCAGGAGCUCACGGCGGGGGAUUACCAAACCAUCGCAACCAGAAAUCAACUGACAACAACCUUCUUAAGAAUGGUCGAGGUGAUCGAGGAAUGCGUGGGGAUGAUGACGAUGACAACAGUAGCUGUGGCAGUGCAAGUGUCUGCAUGGGUGAUUUGGAAGAGACUUUGCGGCUCAUUCUAGACAAGUUGCUGCAACUGGUUGACUUGCCGUUUCUGGAGAACACAAUAGAGUACUUGGCUAAUGGCGAAAACAACAGUGUCGAAAACUAUCACCAUUUGUUCACGUUUUCAAGUAGUCUCAGUUCUCUCAGUUUGAGUGGAAGUGAAGAGAGUGUGAACUCUUUCGGAAGCUCGACCUCCUCUUCCUCUCCUUCCCCCUCUCCUUCCCCCUCCCCCUGCUCAACGCCUGCAGUGUCACUCCGCUCAUCUACUUCAACUAUGAACAACAACAACAACAACAAUAAACAUCGUAGCAUGACCGCGAGACAUAGUCAACGAAGUUCAAAACGACAGCAAAACAACAUCAGCAAUCUUCAGUUCAACAGGGUAGUGUUCCCGUGUCUGAAGUUUCACCCCAGUAUCUCUUCACUCGUCCCAACUAGCACUCCCCUAGCACCAGACCACAAAAAAUCACUGUCUAACUUGGUCUUGACAAAUUGCAAGGAAAGUCCCCUGAUCCCCCCAAAAUUAGCCGAACUAUGUCUAGCAGUGGAUGCGUACAUUACAAGUAUAGUUGUCGAAGCAGGGGAUAAUAAGUUACCAGACUUGGAAGAGACGGCUAUUGAUACUGCGUUCUUGUUUGUGACAUUACUGCAUUAUGAAUGCAGACAACGCUUGAUUAACUUGAUAUCAUUUUUGCAACACUUGGUGGAGUUUGAAUCUGAAUCAGUCCAACUUGGAGGGCUGCAUAUUGAAGAGUUUGCACAGUGUUUUGUUCCAGAACAAGAAUGUCGGUCGCUUUUGAAGCUUCUGAUUGAAAAAAGUAGCCAAAUUUUUGUGCCGUGGGCCAGUUACAAUAUGCUAAUGCUAUCCGGUCUUCACAAAACCAUGGAGAGAAGAACAUUUUCAAAGCGCAUUUCAGUUCAACAGUUCCACCAGCAGAAAAGAGACAAUACGACCGACGAGUUGAUGUCUCUGCUUGAUUUUGUACUGGGGGAUACAUCGACCUUGACUGCCCGUCAGAAGGACAAGUUAUUGGGGGCCGUGCAGAGUAAACACCCAGAAGUAUAUGGACUGUACUUGUCGCGCAGGAUUGGGACCAACAAUUAAACCAGUUUUAUCAGCGUUCAAACUGUUAAAAAGUACUCAACAACUUUUAACUUCAUAAAUAGUAAAUAUGAAGUUUCCAAUUCAUAAGCAAUAAUAUUACUUUCUGAGAAAUUUCAAGUUCAAAAAUAGCAUUAUUAUCAGCGAUUCAAAAUAGCCUUUUCUAUCAUAUUUCAGGGAGAGAAGCCUACUACUAAAUGAAUUGAUUCAUUGAGUUUUAUGCGACGAUAGAUACGAGAAUAAUCGAAAGUUUUUCAAACAUUUCAAUUUGAUAAUUUUUCCUAUUCAACCUAUAUUUGAAAAAAAUGACACCAGCCAAAAUCAAAUUAUUUGCUCAUGAUUUUUGAAAAUAAUGAUGUAAAAAGUGCUUGUAGGAAUGUAACUCUUCGUUCCUGAUGAUUUUUGUUCCAGUAUGAAGCUAAACUAUAAAUUGUUCAGUAAUUAUUGUAUAAAAUUUUUGUUGAUCAUUUGCGUGAUUUGAUUUUUGAUCUGAUUAAUUUAUUUGAAUUAAUACGACUUAAUGAAGU